AUGUCUAUCUCGAUGCUCAAAAAGUAUCUGCCGAUAUCUCUGGCACUACUCCUAUUCUACGGCAGCGCUUCGCGAUUCAGCCAUGGUGCGACAUCAACUACAUCCUUUUAUCAGUAUCAAAAUGAUCGAAGUCCCGAUGACGGGUCGACCUUGUCCCGUGUUAUUCCCAUCUUCGAUUUCAUCGUUGGAACAGCCAUUCUGCAGCGAGGACUUUCACGCAAAGUCGCAACAUGCUUUGUAGCAUCGACUAUCACCAGCGUAGCUGUUCAACGCUACUUGGCUGGAUUGGACUGCCAAGGUGACUUUCUGCAGGGUAUUUGGGCAACUGCUGCAGCUAUUGCGACUUUGGCUGGACCACCUAUUCAUUCAAGAGAGUAUCUCGCUGAAACGGCAAACGGUGAUGAUGACACACCAAGACUUGCAGUGAAGCAAUAUGUACCCCACGACAACCCCGAUCCUCAGCCUGGUGAUGUAACCAUUAUUGGUGCUCAUGCAAAUGGUUUUCCAAAGGAACUAUAUGAGCCACUAUGGGAUGAGCUGUAUGACCGAGCAGGACAACAAGAUCUCAGGAUACGAUCGAUAUGGAUUGCAGAUGUAUGGAAUCAAGGACAAUCAGGAGUCAUUAACGAGAGAGUACUCGGCAACGAUCUCAGUUGGUUUGAUCACGCAAGAGACCUAAUGAAUCUCAUCAACCAGCAUCAACGAGAUAUCCCUCACCCCAUCGUUGGUAUUGGCCAUAGUAUGGGUGGAACUCAGCUUGCACAACUGGCACUUUGGCACCCGCGACUUCUGGACUCGUUAGUACUUAUUGAUCCCAUCAUCCAAAUACCAAACCCAAGCAUUUCCCUGUCCGGUCUUUCUACAAAGAGGCGGGAUAUCUGGCCAUCAAGAGAAGAUGCUGUUGUCAGGUUCAAGAAGAGCAAAUUCUUCCAGUCUUGGGAUCCUCGUGUUCUUGACCUCUGGAUUGAGCAUGGGCUUCGAGAUGUUCCGACAGAGCUUCAUCCGAAAGAAAAGGAUUCGAGUUCAGAUGAGCGAGUUACGCUCACGACUUCAAAGCAUCAAGAGCUCUUCAGUUUCGUUCGGCCGACAUACUUAGCAAGAGACUGGGAACCAUCCAACGACCAAGAUGUAGAACAGAACAAAGACUGCCCUGACUACCCAUUCCAUCGCCCAGAGCCUCCAAAGAUAUUUCGCCACUUACCCGAGCUGCGACCAAGCACAUUAUUCGUCUUCGGAAAACAAUCAGAGUUCUCAUCACCGGAACGACGACAGGAGAAAAUGCUGACAACAGGCACCGGAGUCGGGGGCAGUGGAGGCGCAGCUGCUGGCAGGGUUCAAGAGGAGACUCUUGACUGUGGCCAUUUGAUACCGAUGGAGAAGGUUUCUGAGUGUGCGGAUGCCAUCUCUUCAUUCGUCGGGAAAGAAAUGAGACGAUGGCGUGAUCAGCAAGAAUCUUUUAAAAGGUACCGUGAAAGCAUGUCUAGGCGACAACAAAUCACGAUCGAUGAACGGUGGGAGGAAAAGGUUAAGCUUGGGGGUUAA